AUCUUUGCAUAUUGGAGUGUACGUAUGGACAUACCACAUAUCAUGGUAAGAGUUCUUUACCAGUUCUAUAAUAAACGUCAUUAUCGUUUUAAGUUAUACAUCAUAAGUUAUCAUGGUAAACGUUAUUGCCGUGAUUUAUGAAUGCAUUUAUCAAAAAAAAUAUUAUACGUCAUACGUUAACCUAAUAUCUUAACUAACCACACUAUACAAAUUUAGCAUGGUUGAUGUUUGUAGUUAAUAUCUUAAAUAUCAUGUGGUUUUAAUAUAACCAAAAAUGAUAGUUGGAACAUGGUCUGAUGGUCGUACGUGAUUUUUAUGUUUUUCUUUUGUCUUUGACGUGAUGUUAUUGACUUUAUUAUUCGUAAGAUUUGUGAGGUGUUUUUCUUCACAAACUUACUUAAUCAUAAGUUUCAAAAAAACUUACUUAAAUCAUUGCAGCUAAAGUUUGAGAGCCUAUAUCCACGGAAUAAAAACUUUACUCUAGUUGGCUUAAAUGUUGACAUUUGCACACACUUUCUCUAUACUUUAGUUGACUUUUCUAUUAAAAAAAAGUACGCACAAAAAACUUACUUUAAUUGUGAGCUGUGUUUAUGUAAACUAGUAAGUUUCCAAGGGUAAAAAGAAAACGAAAUAACAGAAAAAGGAAGUUCCGGCAUUCUUUUCGAUAGCUACGUUAAUUACAUAUUAUAAAAAAAAAAAUUACUGAAUUAUCUCUUCUUUCAAAAAUAAAAUUCUCAGGUUUGUUUCACUUUAACUCUUCCCAAUAUUUAAACUUUUAUGCUCUUCCGGCCACUUACCGAUACAACAAAACGCACACCCCGCGCGUGUGCCGUAUGCUCCUGCGGUUUACAACUAACACGGUAACACGGACGUGAGACAAAGUGCGAGCCACCGUUUCCUGACCUGACAGUUUUACGGGUCCACUUUCUCUUUUACCCAAAGAAUCUCUCUACGCGCUUCCCCCUCAUGGCGCUUGACCCCCCUCUCUUGUUUUUCUUUGUUUUCUUACUCAGUCGAAAAUAUUCUCAUCAAACUCUUCUCUCUUUUUUUUGUUUUUUGAAAAAUCUUUUUUUUGUUACUCUUUUUUUCUCUUUCUCUCUGAGAGGGAGAGAAGAAGAUGAAGGCACCGAACAUGGAGACCAUAACGAAAUCUCUGGAAAAAUCUAUGCAGAAUAUUUCUCUGAAAGAUCGGAGAAGAAGAGUAGGAAGAUCGGCGGCUACAAUGGAAGAGAGAAUCAACGAACAUAUUCCUCCGAUCUCAGAUAGAACAUUGGAGCUCAAUUCUCACUUAUCUCUUCCUUGUCACUGGGAACAAUGUCUUGAUCUCAAGACAGGAGAAAUCUACUACAUAAACUGGAAAAAUGGAAUGAGAGUGAAAGAGGAUCCAAGGAAAGUGAUGAUGAAUGAAGACAAUGACAGUGGAGAAUCAUAUGGGACACUGUGCUCUGAAGAAGAUAGCUCAUAUUACGACAGUGAGGAGUCUUCAUCAGAGUCAUCUCCAUCAUCAAGAGAGAAUCAUAAAGAGGAAGAGGAUCAAGAAGAAGAUGUGCUUGUUGUUGCUGGAUGCAACGCUUGUUUCAUGUACUUCAUGGUUCCUAAGAUUGUUGAGGACUGUCCUAAAUGUGCUGCACAGCUUCUUCACUUUGAUUGACCUCAUUCUGCUUCUCCUUGAAACAUAUCUCCUUAAUUUCACUUGUUCAUUUUCUAUUCUCGUUUAUAUGAAAUGUUUUUUUUAUCUGCGUGCAUAAACUUAAAACUUUAAAACGUAGAAAAUAUAAUUUUGUAUUAUUUAAUAAUAGUAUAUUGUAAUUUUUAGAAAAAA